GUUCCAGCGUGUGUACCAUAAAAAUUGUUUCAGUGAGAGUUUGCGAUCCCGCGGGUACGGUCGGAACUAACGGGACUUUAACGACGUAACGUCGCGUGCUGUGCGAGCGGUAUUUUCCGGCAAGAAAGCCAUGCAAAGCCAUCAUCAUCAUCAAAAAAUCCCCGGAAAAUCAAACGUUGCCAAAUCGGUUGAUCCCCUCCAGAAUUAGAAUUUCAAUCAGAAUCUAUAUCUGUGUCCAAGAAAAUCACCGGAAAUGUGAAAAACAAAAAUGCAGAACCUAAACGCAAUUUGUUAAACUAAAAUCAUUCAAAGGAAACUGUAACGUUUCCAGUGCGGUUAUAAUCGCGUUUGUGUCGCGUUCAGCUAAAAUCUCUUAAACUUGUUCGCAAUCCAUUGCGAAAAAUUUAAAAUCCAAUUCAUGAAUUAAUAAUAAUUAGCCGGCAAAAAGAACCUUUACACAAAAACGAAAUGCUUGCAGUGCUGAGUGAGAACGAUUUUUGAACAGAUUUUUGGGUGCACCAGGAUCCAGGCACCAGGAGCUACGUCCUACGUCCUAUACCUCGUCCUAACACUACCUAACUCUCGCCUGCCACCCGAUCGAGCUGGGCUGGGCCAUCAUGAGCCACCCGCUUUUACUGCCGCUGUGCCUGCUCGUCCUGUCCACUCUAAAUGGUCCUGCCACGGCGGCAAGUCGCGUCCGUGUCAGCUCCUCGACCACUAUGACGCGCAACAUUGAGGAGGAGAAUGCUUUACUUUACUUACUUGCUGGUCCGCCCGUGCUGUCCGAGUCCAUUAUGGGAACGGUCGGCCGCCUGCCCUGCAAUGUCACCCCGCCCAUUUACGAGGACCGAGUGGCACUGGUCAUCUGGUACAAAGUUGGCCUGAAGACGCCCAUUUACAGUGUGGAUACACGAGACUCGAAUUUCGCUCAGGGCACCCACUGGUCGGACGAGACAUACCGUGAACGGUUAUCCUUUCACGUGGAAGGACGUGCCGGCACUCUGACCAUCAAGUCAACCACCGAGGACGACACGGGCGAGUAUCGAUGUCGCGUCGACUUCCAGAAGAGUCCCACGCGAAACUCCAAAGUGAAUUUAACUGUCAUAAUUCCGCCCGAAUCAGUAAUUAUAUUGGACAGCAAGGGGGCCACCAUUAAGGAUCACACGCUGGGGCCCUACAACGAGGGUUCCGGCAUCAACAUCACGUGCGUGGCCAUUGGCGGUCGCCCGCAGCCGAGGGUUACCUGGCUGCACGGCAACACCGUCUACAAGGACUCCAGUGUGGGCCAAUCCCUCUCGGAGCGGCGGGUGGGCAAUGUCCUGUCACUGCCAAGGCUGGAGCGCAAGAAUCUUCACAUGCAGCUAACGUGCCGGGCGGAGAACAAUAAUUUGACAACGCCAAUUAUCAGCAGCGUUGUCCUCGACAUGAACUUACGCCCUCUGAUUGUGAAGCUGCAGGGAGAGAAUCGACCACUCUCGGCCGGGAAUUCUUAUCAGCUGAGCUGCGUUGUCAUCGGAGCACGUCCAGCCCCGACGAUUACCUGGUGGAAGGGCAGCACCCCCAUGAAGAAUACUCACGAGAUUGCCAAUCCGGAUGGCAAUAUGACCACCUCGGUGCUGACAUUCACGCCCACCAUCGAUGACCGCGGCAAGUUCCUGUCCUGCCGCGCCGAGCAGAGCAUGAUACCCGAGUCCGGGCUGGAGGACGGCUGGAAGUUGGACAUCUAUCAUAUUCCGGUUGUGAGCCUUGAACUUGGCACCAACUCCCUGAACUCCACGCUGCGCGAAGGAAUCGAUGUCUUCUUCGAGUGCAACAUCAAGUCGAAUCCCUGGAUCUAUCAAGUUAGCUGGCGGCACAAUGGUGAGAUCCUGUCCAACAAUCCCGCCGAAGGCAUAGCCGUCUCCAACCAGAGCCUGGUCCUCCAAAAUGCCAGCCGGGCCAGAAGCGGUAUCUACACGUGCGUGGGCAGCAACCGGGAGGGCGAUGGCGAGAGUAAUCCCGUCCAGCUGGACAUCCGAUUUGCUCCCGUUUGCCGACCCGGCCAACGAACCACUUACAGUGCCGGCAGGCAGGAAACAGUCAAGGUGGCCUGUGAAAUUGAUGCCAAUCCCUCGGAGGCCACCUAUGUCUGGAAAUUUAAUGCAAGCCAUGGCGAAACCAUUGACAUACUAUCCUCUCAGGUUGCCGUGGAUAGAGGCCGUAGUAUCGCCCACUAUACGCCACAAACGGAGAAUGACUACGGAACGCUGUUAUGUUGGGCCACCAACGAAAUUGGCGAUCAAAGUGAACCCUGCGUAUACACAAUAGUCCCAGCAGGCGAACCGGAUCCUUUACUCAAUUGCACGGUACUCAACCAGACAUCGACGGGCUUCCAAAUCGAAUGCAUCGAAGGAUUCGACGGCGGACUGCAACAGGACUUUAUAAUGGAGGUUUAUGCGAACGGAACGACUCGCUAUCCCAAAAUUUCCAAAUCAAAGCGACCGUACUUUGAGGUGAGCGGUCUGGUGCCCGGCAUGGGCUACAAUGUCUUCCUCCUCGCCCACAACAGCAAGGGUCGGAGCAAUGCCACCAUUCUGCAGGUCUACACCCUGAAGGAUCCCGAAAAGCAGACGGUUAAAAUAACAUUCACUAAGUCCUAUCAAGGACUAAGACCUGCUUAUCCCAAACAACCAAAAGCACCGACCACCACCACCAGCGAUUGCGUUUGCGACGAGGACGAGUUCAUCAACUUGGGCAAGAUAGUUGGCCACGACGCGGGCAGGGAUCUUGACCAGCAAGAAGACCUCUCCUUGGCCUAUGCCCCCGUCAUCGAGGACAUCCGGCCAUUCCUCGGCAUCCUAGCCGGCAUCGUGGGCAGCAUUUUCCUGGUGGCCCUCAUCAUUGUGAUUGUGGUGCGUGUGCGCGGCUCGUCGGGACGCGAUCGCAAUAAUUACUCGCAUCCGGGCAGCGGCGGAGGAGUCGGCGGCACCACCGGCGCUGGCGGCGUCGUCGGAGGCGGAGUGGGAGGUGUUGGCGUCGGCACUGCCACGGCCAAUGGCAAUGGCAGCCUGGGUCUCCUGUCCAGCAACAACAACGGCAGCCUGGUCAUCGGCACCCUGGGCCACAAUGGCGGGCAAUCAGUGCAGGAUAUGCAUCGGAUCGGCCGCGAGACGUGCCAUGUGACGAGCAGCCUGGACAGCAUUGACAAGAAUCCGGACAUUAUACCGCAAGAUGGUCAUGACGUAGACGAUGAGUGGACGACAAAGGGUCAUGGACGCACUUACGCCACGGCAGCUUUGGCCGAGCAGAAUGCCGUGAUUACGUCCGGCACCUAUGAUCACCUGAUGCCCACAUACGCCGUCGUCGACAAGAAGACAGGACCUCCCCCCGGCCACGGACCCUACAUCCAGUAUAAUACGCUUAUUCCCGUUAGCAAAAUGGGCGCUUACGCCAAUCAACAGCAACAACAACAACAGCCGCCGCCACAGAAGACUGAGCUCAGCUACAGCGAAUUGGCCGCUCCGCUGGUGGGCACCGCGGUGGGCGUUCAAAGGAUGGCCCCCUAUUGCAGUGCGACCCUUGGCCGGCCGGGCAGACAGGCGGAACUGAAACGGGCCGAACCGAAUAUCUACUCCCAGGUAAAUGUGAUGAUGGACGACGAGAUUCUGGCCGACUUGCAGGCGGCCACUGUAUCCGGUAACAGCUAUGUGGCCGGAGCCGUUGUCGACAAUGUGGGUGGCGUCUCCAGUUUUUACGUUCCAAGCUAUGCCACCAGGAUCGAUCUGGCACACCAUCCCCUGCCCAUGUACUCCACGAGCCCGAUGUUUGGCACGAACAGCACCAUCACCGGAGUCACCGGAGUCACCAUGUCACAUCCAUCACAAUUGGCCACCUUCUCAUCGACGCCGCCGCCGCCCAUUUUUGCCCACAGUGUGGUGACCACCGGCGAUGGCCUCCUGCAACCGGUAACGUGCAUGGGUCUGGUGGCAACAUCUUCGGCAGCGGCAGUGGGAAGCGGGAACAUGUCCUUGCCCCCGCAGCACCAGCAACAGCAGCAGCUGACAGCGGCCAAUGGCGGCGGAAACGGAAGCAUUGUCGGCAUGGGCAUGAGCCUUUAUGGCAGCGAUGUGGGCAAGCCACAGCUACUAAAGACCGUGCCGGAGGAGCUGCACCACCAACUCAACGGGGAGGAUGUCCUGAUCGCCCAGGACCGCAACAUGGGAACUGGGACACGCUUCUGACGCUAAGCUGUCGCCCAGGACGAACAACUAAUCUGAAGCAGGAGCUAAAACAGGAAAUGCAAAUCAAAAACCCAAAAAACCAAGAGAGAACUACUGGCAGAGGCCAUCGGUAUAAAUCGGGGAGUAAUUGGUAAACAAAUUGACUAUAAGUUGUAUGUGAUGAGGGCGCAGGACGAUGUUGAUUUUAAAGGAGCAGAGCUGAAGAGAAGGAGGAGUCACCUAAGUUGACAUUCUUUUAAAAAAAGUUAAAAAAAAAGUAAAUAAAGCAAAAAGAACAUAAUACGAGCAUUCCAAAUGAUGGGGAUAAUCCUGUAAAGAGAUAACAAUAAAAAAAUACCGCGCGUGUAAAGCUCAGCAUGGUAAUUCCAUUAGGACUUGUAAGGACACUUGUAAAUUAUGGAAUACAAUUAACAUUUAUAGCUGUAAUUACAAAAUAAAACUAAAUUGGAGAAACACUGAAUUGUUAAUAUAUUUUUAAACAACAGCUUUAAGCGCCAAAAUGGAAUGGAAGAGUAGGAAGGAUGGAAGAGUACUUUUAGCUAAGUAAACGAAUUCAUAAUUGUUGUUGACCUUAGUUCGAGUAACCUAAUUCUGAUUACCAUUUAGCUUGUAACUUGGCAUAACUAAGGCAUUUAAAACAUCUAAAUCAAAUUCAUCUAGCUGUAAGCUCAAACAUAGCAUAGUUCAAAUUGUAAUUAUUGAAAAAAAAAUCCAAAAAAAAAUAAAGAAUUUAAAGAAAACUACAAGUAAGUUAACUAAAUAAUGAAUGAUUAAUAAACGACUUAAAUUAGCAAAUUCCAGUUUGCAUUUUAUACGUAAAUUAUAAACGAAAGAAAAACGAUGGAGGUUGGCUGAAUAAAUCCAGAAAAUAAACUCUCUAGUCUUAAGAAUUAAAAAUGAAAGAAUGCAUUAACUUAAUUAACUAAAAGGCUAAGCAACUGCAUGUAAAAUAUUUAACUGAGUAUUAGGCUAAAGUUAAUAAAUUAAAUUUAAUAAAAUGUAUGAAACCAGA